AUGCAAAAGAACCAAUUUGAGCAGAAUAUUCGGUUUAAGUUUGAUAUCUUAGCUCUUUUGGAAACUAGAACUUCUGGUUCUAAGGGUGAUAACAUUAUCAAGCAGUUGGGAUUCCCUAACUACUUUAAGCAGGAGGCUGAUGGGUAUUCUGGUGGGAUCUGGAUCCUUUGGGAUAAUAAGGUGGUUGAUCUUGAGAUCAUCUCAACCCACCACCAAUUUGUUCACACUAAGGUAGUGCAUUUGUUGUCUAUGAAGAUUGAACUCAUUACAUUUGUUUAUGGGAGCCCUAGGAGGAUUAAGAGGAGGAUUCUUUGGGCUGAGCUAGACAUCAUUAGUCAAUCAAUUCAGGGGGGGCCUAUACUGGUGGCUCAGAGUGGUCCCCCUAGACCUGGUGAUCAUACCAUAACCUUCAAGUUCAUGGCUGCUUGGCUAACUGAUCAAGACUUUGGUAGAUUGGUCAGGAACAGUUGGGGUAAUAAUAUUUGUUGGAACCAGGCAAGGAGCAAGUUUGAUAGGGAAGCCAAAGAGUGGCACCAGAAUGUUUUUAGGAGGAAUUUCCAUCAGAAAAAUAAGAUUUAUGCUAGACUGAGGGGUCUUGACAGUUACAGAAAUGGGAGCUUUGACCAUAAUUUGGAGAUUCUGCAAAAAAACUUAUGGAAGGAGCUUCAAGGCAUUCUUCUUUCGGAGGAAAUAACCUGGUUUCAAAGAUCUAGGUUCCAUUGGCUGAAAUAUGGUGACAAAAAUACAAAGUUCUUCCACUCUUCCACAGUGAUGAGGAGAAGGAUGAACAGAAUCCUUACUCUCAAGGAUGAGAAUGGGAUUUGGAUAGAUGAUCCCAAGGUUCUGGUUAAUAUGGUUGUGUCCUAUUAUCAAAAGCUUUUCAAAGCUGAUCUUCCUGAUGAUGGAUUCUUUCCUAUUAAGGGUGCUUUCCCUAAGCUGUCAGAUAUUGAUAAUCUAAGGCUUGGCCAGAUUCCUAGCAGGGAGGAAAUUAGGAGAACUAUUUUUCGUAUGGGAAAGUUUAAGGCCCCUGGCCCAGAUGGCCUUCAUGCUAUCUUCUUUCAAAGCCAGUGGGAUAUUAUAGGGGAGUCAGUUAUCCAAGUGGUUCAGGAAUGCUUUCAAACCCCUGAGAAAGUAAAUGAGAUCAAUAAGACUUUUAUUUGUUUGAUCCCCAAGAAGGACAGCCCUGAGAAUAUGAAGGAGUUUAGGUCAAUUAGUCUUUGUAAUGUGAUUUACAAGAUCAUUACCAAGACUAUCUCUGAUAGAUUGAGGGAUUUAAUGCCCAAGCUAAUCUCCCCCAACCAAAGCAGCUUCAUUAAGGGCAGACAAAGUGCGGAUAACAUAAUUGUGGCCCAAGAAGUUUUACAUUCAAUGAGGAGCAGAAAAGGUAGUAAGGGGUGGAUGAUGAUAAAGGUUGAUCUGGAGAAAGCCUAUGAUAGGCUUAGCUGGAAUUUUAUUAGAGAAACCUUGAGGGAUCUUAGUCUCCCUAGCUCUCUGGCUAAUCUGAUUGGUAGAUGUGUCUCUUCUGCCUGGUUUCAGCUGUUAUGGAAUGGUGUGGCCACUAGAGAUAUCAUUCCGGAGAGAGGAAUUAGACAAGGGGAUCCCUUAUCCCCUUAUCUUUUUGUCAUUUGCAUGGAAAGAUUGGCUCAACUUAUCCAAGUAGCUGUUGAUGUGAAAGCUUGGAAACCAGUGGCUAGCCUUGACCAAGCUCAAGUGAUAAAUCAAGUCCUCAAAGUGUUUGAGGAGGCUUCUGGACAAAAGGGGGUACCUAUGCAUCACAAGAGAAUUUCCAAGAAGUCUUUUAGUUAUGUGCUGGACAGAGUUCAUGCAAGGCUAACUUCUUGGAAUCAGAAGUCCCUCUCUCUGGCUGGUCGUGCUACCCUGGCCAAAGCUGUAUUGGAAGCUUUGCCUGCAUAUACUAUGCAAUCUUCUGCUAUGCCUUUUGGGGUGUGUAGAGAAGUGGAGAAGCUCACUAGAAGUUUCUUAUGGGGAUCCAAACUGAACCAGAGAAAGACUCAUUUGGUUAAUUGGACCAAAGUCUGUCAGCCUAAGAAGGAUGGAGGGUUAGGCCUUAGGGACCAGGUGAAAAUAAACAAAGCUUUCUCUAUGAAGCUUGGUUUUGGCCUCAUCAGUAAGGUGGAGGAUCUUUGGGUGAAGGUGCUUAAAGCCAAGUAUAAGGUUAAUGAUGCUAUGAUUCCUAAUAUCCCUGUAUCUAAAAAUGCUUCUAAUGCUUGGAAAGGCAUUCAGCAGGUUUGGGGUCAGGUUCAAAUGGGUGCCAGAAUUUUGCUUGGUGAUGGCAGGAACAUAAAGUUUUGGGAGGAUAGCUGGUUACCUGGAAUCAAUAGACUUCUUGAUGAGGCUCAAACUGAAGUGCCUGAAGCUAUCUCCAAGUGGAGAGUGGCUGACUGUGUAUCAAAUGAAGGUGAUUGGAAGUGGGAGCUGCUGAAUCAAUUUCUACCUGUGGGCAUUACUUCUGUUAUAUCAGGUAUCCCCCCUCCUAAGGAUUCUGAUGACAGAGAUAAAGUUAUUUGGAGCCAUUCCUCUUCUGGUACUUUCUCGGUGAGCUCAACUUAUUCAUUUCUCUGCUCUCCUCAGUCCAGUCAGGAUGCUGUUGACUGGGGUUUAAUUUGGAGAUGGGGGGCCCAACGAAUUAAAGUAUUUCUAUGGUUGCUUUAUAGUAAUAAGAUUCUAUCCAAUGCUGAAAGGGUUAGAAGGCACAUGGCUGAUAAUUCAAGCUGUCCCAGAUGCCAAUUUCCAGUUGAAAACAGGGAUUAUAUUUUUAGGAGUUGUGGGUGGACCAGGGAUAUCUGGAAGCACUGGAUUGAUAGUGCAGACAGUGGGCAAUUUUUUAGGUUACCAUUUGAUAGCUGGAUGAUGAUGAACCUCAACUCCAAAGGUCAGAGUUCUGAUUGGCAACUUAAAUUUGGUGUGAUCUGUUGUACUACUUCUGCCAAUGAUGUGCUGAAGGGGACAGGUCUUGAGUUGGAGCCUGUGAGAGAAGUUCGGGUCAGCUGGAGGGCUCCUUCACAAGGCUGGCUUAAGUUUAAUGUUGAUGGAUCCUGCAGGGCUAAUGGUUGUGAUUUGGCCUGUGGUGGGGUGCUCAGGGAUGAACAUGGUAACUGGAUACAUGGCUUUUCCAGAAAGCUUGGGCAUGGGUCAGUUUUAAUGGCAGAAUUGUGGGGCAUCUUGGUAGGGCUGCAAUGGAUUUGGCAGAAGAAUAUGAGGAAUGUGGUGCUAGAGGGAGAUUCCCUGGCUGCAUCUCAGCUGAUUGCACAUGGGUGUGUUAGUUCUCAUCCUUGCUUCUUUCUUGUUAAUAGGAUUAAAGAGAUGAUGUUUAGUCAUUGGCAUGUGGAUAUUUUACAUACACAUAGAGAAGGCAACCGAGUUGCUGAUUGGCUAGCCAAACUCAGGGUUGAUAAUAGUUGGGAUACGCAUUGGUAUAGCAUUCCACCAGAUGGGUGUAAGGACAUAGUAUUAGAGGAUUGUAGGGGCAUAUGUACAAGUCAAAUGCUCUGGAAAAGUGAUGUAUGA